AUGCCGCGGUUUGGCAUCUUUGCUGCAAUCCUGGCCGCCAUCGCCAGCGCAGGCGCGCAGCUACAGGUUUCGACAGACGGCAGCUGCGGAAACGGGAUAACUUGCACCGGCUCGGGAUACGGGGACUGCUGCUCGGAGCACGGUUGGUGUGGCAAUUCGCAAGACUACUGUGAUGAGCUCUGCCAGCCUCAGUUCGGUAUCUGCAACGACCCAUCCAAGGGAAACAGUAUCACCUACUGGACCCACACCCUCACGCAGACGGAUACAACCGUCCACACCUCACGGGUCCAGCAGACCUCGGUCGUCUACAACACGAGCUAUGUCACCCAGGUAGCCACUAUCCGCUCAACCCUCGUCCAAACCUUGACCUGGAACUUUACGAGAACCUACUGGGUUGUCUCGACAGCAGUAGCCACAGCCCAUGUGACGCAUACAGCAUCAGUUACGGAUCAUAUCACAGACGUCGUUACAAAUACGGCCACGGCGGUCGUGACGAACACGGCAACUGCUUUGGUCACUAGCACAGCCACUGUCACGGAGAAUAUUACAUCCCUCUAUACAGCAACGUCUACGUCUACAGUUACGAAUACAAAUGUCCAAACUAUUACUCAGACGCAUGUCGAUACCCUUGUCGUCACCUCGACAUCCACACAGACCGACCGGCUGAACCUUACCGUCACAAAUACUGAAUUGCAAACAUUUACCAAAACGAUCCCUGUCACGGAGACUGACAGGUUCAAUUACACGAUAACGAACACGGCGCAUCAGACAGUGACAAAUACUGCAGUCACCACACGAACGGACCGCUUUAACUUGACCAUCACCGAGACAGCUCACCAGACUCUGACCAAUACUGCAGUUACAACCUUGACAGACCGGUUCAACUUCACGAUAACCAACACAGAUCACAGAACAACAACAGACACUGCAGUUACUACCCGAACGGAGCGGCUCAACCUAACUAUUACCGAGACAGCCCAUCAAACCUUGACAAACACUGCUGUUACAACGCUAACAGAUCGACUCAACCUUACGAUCACCAGCACCGAGCAUCAAACUCGGACAGGGACGGCGUAUCUUACUCAGACUGACCGCUUCAACCUGACUAUUACCAACACGGAUCACAGCACCGUCACAAAUACAGCUGUGAUCACGCAGACCGACAGACUCAACGUUACAAUAACAGCCACCGAGCACCAGACAAUCACGAACACGGCCCUCACCACCUCUGUCGCCACGGUCAGCACUACGCUCACAAACAGAACAACCUUGACGCUCACCGACACGGCCAACGUCACGCGGACCCAGACCGCAGUCGUGACCAACACGGCGCUGACAACUCAGGUCGCCACGGUCGUUGUUUCCAACACGCAGCCGGCGUCUACGUUGACGAUGACCCAAACGGCGGUAUCAACUCUCUACGUAACGACGACGCAAUCGAUGAUGAUUACAAUCACGGAGACCCCAGCAGCCCCGACGGGCACGAUAGCUAGGUAUGGCCAGUGUGGCGGGCAGGCGUUCUCGGCUGGUGGGGCUUGCAUUGCGCCUUAUACGUGCUCCGAGGUGAACAGUUAUUACUCUCAAUGUGUAUGA